AUGGCUUUUGGUGAAGCAGCCCUCGUGCUUGUAUGUACCACAUCGUCAGGCUCAUUUUUAACACCUUUCAUGUGGAAUCUCUUUCUGAUCUCAUUAUGUACACUUUAUGCGGUAAAAACUCGAAAUCUACCUGAAAACUUCAAUGAGGCCAAAUUUAUAGGAUUUACUAUGUACUGUACAUUGGUGGUUUGGAUUGCUUUCAUUGUGCUACAUAUGGGUACUGUGAAUAAAGCGCUGACAAUGAGUUUCUCAUUCUCUUUGUCCGCGUCUAUACCUCUAAUAUUGUUAUUUUUCCCUAAACUUUAUAUUAUACUUCUACAUCCGGAAAAGAACGUUCGAUCUUCGUAUACUACGACGAAAUUAAUACGAUGUCAUUUUGGUAAUUCACAAGGAGCUUAUGAUAGUAAGCAUCUAUCAAGUAAAACUACUAGAACAUCAGUGCAAUCAGCGUCAGUGAGAAGUUCGACAAAAUCAUCAAGCUUGGCUGGCGGUGGUGGUGUUACGCGAACAGCCUCUGUUCAUGUACCAGUGACAAAUAUUAAAGGUCCAAUACAAGUGGAUAACUCGACGCAAACAGACAUGGGAAAGAAGAAACCAGUCGACGAAGAUGUGGCUCAGCUGGUUGAAGCUUGUCGGCGAUAUACGGUUAACAGUUCUAGAAGUUCGACGAAAUCAUCAAGCUUGGCUGGCGGUGGUGGUGUUACGCGAACAGCCUCUGUUCAUGUACCA